GUUUUCCACGGAGUAGAUGUCAUCCGAGAACUCCGAGAUACUAUUUGGUCAAGUGAAAAUUGUUGUGAUAUUCCACCAAUAAUUAAAUACCCCCAUUUUAUGAAUAGCCAUUGGUGAAGGUGUUGGUGAUUUAGUGAUAAUCCUGAGAGGAUAAAAAUGUUUCGCUUUGGCAGCAGUUCUCCCUUCGAUGCCGAAGUUGACAAGGCGACGAAUCACACAAAUACAACGGAGGACUGGGCAAGCAUAAUGGACGUAUGCGACACCGUUGGUAGCUCCAGUGCAAAAGCCAAGGACUGCCUGAGAUCGAUCGUCAAAAGGCUGAACCACGAGGAUCCCCACGUUGUCCUGCAGGCGAUAGCCCUCCUGGACGCAUGCUCGAGCAAUUGUGGGAAGAAUUUUCACCUGGAGAUAGCCUCCAGGGACUUCGAGGGGGAAUUGAAGAAGCUGCUCGGUCGCACCCAGCCCCAACUAGUCGAGAGAACAAAGGGACUGAUCAAGAAGUGGUCCGAGGGGGACUUCAAGAGUGAUCCACAGCUCAAUCUCAUACCGAGCCUCUACACCAAGUUGAAGCAGGAUGGAAUGGAUUUUUCAGGGUUGACAGAGCCCCACAAGCACUCGUGUUCCACAGCUUCUGCUAAUGCCUCCAAGGAAGAGGCUGAUUUUGUCAGGGCCAUUGAGCUCUCCCUCAAGGAGAGCAAGGGACAAGAAAUUGCUCACAAUUCACCCAAGGGCACUAGUCUUUACCCCAGUGUCAACGCCUCAUUGGUGUCCACUAAUAUAUUUGAGAAGAGGAAGGUCAGGGCUCUCUACGAUUUCGAAGCUGCUGAGGACAAUGAGCUGAGCUUCACUGCUGGUGAUAUAAUCCAUAUUCUCGAUGAUUCCGAUGCAAACUGGUGGAAGGGUGUUCGAGGCAAGAUGGAGGGACUCUUCCCAGCGAAUUUUGUAACUGCUGAUUUGUCAGUGGAGCCAGAUCAUAUUACAAAAUUGGAGCAGGGGAGUAAAAAAUCGGUGCAAUUUGUGGAGGAGGUCGAUGUUAAGACACUGAAGAGAGAACCAGAAAUUAUUGAAGUUGAGAUUGAUGAGGGGAAGAUUGAUAGACUCCUGCAUCUUCUUCAUGAGGCUGAUCCACAGAGUGACACCAAUGAUCCACCGGAAUUGUUGGAUCUUGAGGAGCAAGUGAUGGCGAUGGGUCCUCUCAUCGAUGCUGCUCUUGAGAAAGUCGACAGAAGGCAUGCCCAGCUUACCCAGCUCUCAUCAGACCUCGUGGAUGCUCUGAAUCUUUAUCAUACACUUCAACGAGAGCCACCACCUCCCACCUCCUCAUAUCCCUACAACAAAAUUCCACAUCAUCCGGUUUAUCCUUAUCCUAAUCAGCCUCCACACAUUUUCAAUGGUAUGCCAGGGCAUCACCAGUUCUCUGGAAACUUUAAUCCAAAUAUAUCGAUGCCACCAGGGGAUUAUAUACCACCAGGGGCAAUGACUGGUAUGUCGAUACCACAGCACUAUCAUCUACCCCCUGGGCAUCAUCAGCAUCCACAUGGGGGUCAUCCUGGCGCUCCUGUUCCGGGACAUCCUGGCGCUCCUGUUCCGGGACAUCCUGGUGCACCUCAUGGACAUCAUCCAGCCCCUCAUCACCCACAGGGACUCCCCCAGCCCAAUCUAUCGAGUCAGAUUCCAGAACAGACCAGCUUGCCUUAUCAAACACAAGGAUUUCCACCUCAAGGUGUGCCACAGCAGUUCGUACCCCCAGGCCCCCAGGGGCCACCCCCUCAACAGGCCCCAUAUGCUCCUCCCAAUGGUCAACAUAUGAUGUGAAGAGAAAAAUAUCGAGUGCAUACUCAAAUCGUAACUAUUUAAUUAACGAACAAUUCAAGUUCAAUGGAAAUAAUCGAAAAUAGCCAAAGAAGGGUUUUUAUAUGUAUGAAAAGGCAUUAUCCAUGGAAUUCACCGGUCCUAGCAACUGUUGGCGGUUCAGAAUAAUCAGGAAUUAUAAAUCCUGAAGCGAAAAUCAGAUCUGCAGUUUAUUUAGUGAAACCAUAACAUUUUUCGUGGGGAAAUCAAUUCCCUCGAUGUGUCACUCAUUCCCUGAAUAUUUUCUAAAUCAAUUGGAUAAUUAUUCAACUGCAUUCCCAAUUGAUAAAAAAUUUUUCUUCGUUAUUUUUUAAUCGAUAAUAAAUGGACUUGAGUAAUUGACGUCGAACAAUAUUUUAUUCUUUCUUUGAGAGAUGGUGAGACGAAUUGGAGAGGUAGACUGCAAUAUUUUUUAUUUAUUUCCAGGUGUUACAGAUGAACAGUUAAUAGCCCAGAGUCUAUGGAGUUUCAAUAAUACCCAGUACUUUAUUCAUUAAAGCAAACCCUUCGGUAGCUGAUGAGUUCAGUGAACAAUGUUUUUUGUUACGACCUUUAAAAGUAUCGUAAUUAAUUAUUCCGGAGCUUGAUGGAGGAGAAAUUGAUGAUUAAUGUUUAAUGAGGAGGAAACGAACCCCCGGGGUUCUAGUCUGUCCAUUGUAAAUAAUCAUGAUUAUGAGUACUGCGAUAUCACGAUUGAUGAACAUUUAUUUGUGAAAUUAUUGAUGAUUAAUUAAUAAAUGAUGCAUUAAGGAAAA